UUAAACUUGACGGUUACAAAAACACGCGCAUUUUUUGUGUUGCUAGACAAUCAUUAUUUUUGACCGAUUUUCAUUAGUUAAAGUAGCUUUUAAGUUAUUUAAGUCUUUAAUUCUUAAACUCAGACGAUAGAAAAUUUAAAGAUGGGUGAAUGGUCAGACGAAGAACCAACAGCUUCAGAGCAAAAUCAGCAAAGCAAUUCAAAUGAUGGAGAAAAUAACUUUUCGCGAGGUCGGGGACGUGGUGGAAGAAGUAGAGGUCGAGGUCGUGGAUCUAGCUUUCCUGAUCGAAAUAAUAAUAACCAAGAAAACAAUUCUGAAGAUUCCAAGAAUGAUAAUCCAGGAUUUAGUGAGAGACGAGGUAGAGGUCGUGGAUUUAGUUUUGGUAAUCGUAGAAAUGAGAAUUCAGAAGAAGGAAAUGAAAAUCAUGGAUCUGGAAAUCGUAGAGGACGUGGUGGAUUUAAUCGCGAGUCUCGUGAAGAUUCUGAUCGCCCAAAUAGACGUAAUAAUGAUGAAAAUGAAGGCGGAGAGAAUAAGGAUGAAAAGAAGCCAGAAAUUUACAUUCCAGAAGAACCUACCGAUGCAGAAACUCUAUUUGCAUCAGCCAUUUCUGCAGGAAUCAACUUUGAUAAUUUUGAUAAAAUUGAUGUUCAAGUAACUGGAAAAGACAACGAAAAGUUCAAGCAGAUUAAUACUUUUGAGGAAGGAAAUUUGCGCGAAUUUCUGAUUGAUAACAUCAAGCGAUCAGGAUACUCGAAACCAACACCAAUUCAAAAACAUUCAAUUCCAAUAAUUAUGGGUAAACGUGAUUUAAUGGGCUGCGCACAAACUGGAUCCGGUAAAACUGCAUCUUUUGUCCUUCCAAUUUUGAAUGUUAUAAUGUCUGAAAAUGACACUUUAAAUCCAAAUAAGCCUCAAUGCUUAAUUGUUGCACCAACCCGUGAAUUGGCUAUUCAAAUACGCGAUGAAGCCAUGAAAUUUGCUUCUGGAUCAUUCAUUAAAGUUUGCUUGGCAUAUGGCGGUGCUGCAACUCGUUAUCAAACUGAAAACAUCACUAAUGGAUGUCACAUUUUAGUCGCUACACCGGGACGGCUUAUUGAUUUCAUCAAUAAAUCAAUUGUCACUUUUGAUGACUUGAAGUUCCUAGUUUUGGAUGAAGCAGAUCGUAUGUUGGAUAUGGGUUUCCGUGAAGUAAUCGAAACAAUUUGCAAUCAUGAAACAAUGAAUAAAGAUAAGUUGACAACUUUGAUGUUUUCUGCAACUUUUCCAGAUGCAAUUCAACUUCUUGCUUCUAAAUUCCUUCGUGACUACUUGUUCCUUACUAUUGGAAUUAUCGGUGGAGCUUCAAAAGAUGUAGAACAGGAAUUUAUUGAAGUUGAACGAAAGGGUAAGCGUCAAUUAUUGACAGAUAUCCUUAAAACUUACUCGGAAUGUGCAGAAGAAGAUCGAAUUCUUGUUUUUGUUGAGACUAAAAAGACUGCAGAUUAUUUGGCAUCAUUCUUGUCAGAAAUGAGCAUGUCUACAACAUCAAUUCAUGGCGAUCGUACACAAAAGGAACGUGAAACAGCUCUAAGAGAAUUUCGUCAAGGAGUUCGAAAGGUUUUGAUAGCAACUGCUGUUGCUGCUCGUGGAUUAGACAUUAAAGGUGUCACUCAUGUCAUCAACUAUGAUUUACCAAAAGAAGUAGAUGAAUAUAUCCAUCGUAUUGGACGAACAGGACGUGUAGGUAAUCGAGGAAAGGCUACAAGCUUCUUUGACAAGUCACAAGAUGAUGCAGUUGUCAGUGAAUUAACACGCAUUUUGAAGCAAGCAAAUCAAGUUGUUCCUGGAUUCUUUAGUGGAGAUUCUGGUGCUUACGGUGAAACUGAUCAAUUUGGUGGCUCCGAUAUUCGUCAACCAGCUACUGCUGUAGGUCAAGAAGAAGAAAGUGAAUGGUGAAAAAUUCAUCAAAAC